UAAUCGACCCCAAAACGGCGACGCCCACAACACAAACCGUCGCGUCAACUCCGUUUCCUUCCUUUUCUUCAUUUCUUUCCCCCUCCCCCUCCCGGAAGGAAUCUCCUCAUCAGCCCAGCCUCCUUCCUUGCUUUCUUCAUGCGCUCUGCUCAGUUUUUCCAAAACCCCAAAAAGCAAACAGGCAAACGUUCAAAAAGUUGGGACUGACGCGGCUCAAUUAUUCUGAUAGAGAGAGUAAGAAGCGAUGGGCGGUUUGUCGAGCGAUUCUCAGGGCAAGCUGGUCACCGGCGACGGUGGCUACGUCCUCGAAGACGUCCCUCAUCUCAACGAUUACAUCGAUGAUCUCCCCAUCUAUCCCAACCCAUUGAGAUCAAACCCUGCAUAUUCAGUGGUCAAGCAAUAUUUUGUUCACACGGAUGAUACAGUUCCUCAAAAGAUUGUGGUCCACAAGGAUUCUCCACGGGGGAUACAUUUUCGACGUGCAGGACCACGCCAAAAGGUGUAUUUCGAGCCUGAUGAUGUGCUUGCAUGUAUUGUAACAUGCGGGGGACUUUGCCCUGGCUUAAACACGGUGAUCAGGGAAAUUGUAUGCGGGCUAAAUUACAUGUAUGGUGUCACCAGAAUCCUCGGGAUAGAUGGAGGGUACAGGGGCUUCUAUUCUAAAAAUACCAUUACUUUGACACCUAAAGUUGUCAAUGACAUACACAAACGUGGAGGUACGAUCCUUGGGACAUCACGGGGUGGCCAUGAUACUUCAAAGAUAGUGGAUAGCAUUCAGGAUCGUGGUAUAAAUCAGGUCUAUAUAAUUGGAGGAGAUGGAACUCUGAGAGGAGCUUCCGUAAUUUAUCAGGAAAUUAGACGACGUGGUCUAAAAGUAGCAGUUGCCGGUAUCCCCAAAACCAUAGACAAUGACAUCCCGGUCAUAGACAAGUCUUUUGGUUUUGAUACUGCUGUGGAGGAGGCUCAACGUGCUAUCAAUGCUGCACAUGUAGAGGCCGAAAGUGUUGAGAAUGGUAUAGGUGUAGUGAAGCUGAUGGGUCGGUACAGCGGUUUUAUUGCUAUGUUUGCUACCCUUGCCAGCAGAGACGUGGAUUGUUGCUUGAUUCCAGAGUCCCCCUUCUACCUUGAAGGAAAGGGUGGGCUUUUUGAAUACAUUGAGAAGGUUCUAAAGGAAAAUGGACAUAUGGUCAUUGUGAUAGCUGAAGGAGCUGGACAGGAACUUCUCUCAGAGAGCCUACAAUCUAUGAACCAGCAAGAUGCUUCAGGAAACAAGCUCCUUAGUGAUGUUGGUCUUUGGAUAUCUCAAAAGAUAAAGGACCAUUUUGCAAAACAGAAUAAGAUGCCCAUUAACCUUAAAUAUAUUGAUCCUACCUACAUGAUCCGGGCCAUUCCGAGCAAUGCAUCAGACAACGUCUACUGCACACUUUUGGCCCAGAGUGCAGUUCAUGGAGCGAUGGCGGGCUAUACAGGCUUCACUGUUGGACUUGUCAAUGGAAGACAUACUUACAUUCCUUUUAAUCGGAUUACUGAGAAGCAGAACAAGGUUGUGAUAACUGACAGGAUGUGGGCAAGGCUUCUUUCUUCGACCAACCAGCCGAGCUUCCUGGGCACCAAAGGUGUCUCCGAUGACAAGGAUGAAGAGCCCUCAGCCCAGUUAUUGGAUGGAGAAAAUGUCCAAGACGAGAAGACUGGCACUGGAGACAUCUCUGAGGGCACGUAUGGUCCCGCAGGAUUAAAAUAGAGAGGGAAUAGAAUGGAAAUUCUGAUGAAAUUUUUGUGUUUGGUUGGAGGGAAUAGACAGAGAAUAGAAUUAUAAUUAUGAUGUUUGGUUGGGUUGAAUAAGGAAUAGAAAGAACAGGAAUAUGAUAAAAAGACAAAAAUGCCAUUCAUAUAAAUAUAAUGGGUUUUAUAA